AUGGUACCUGGUGUUGGUGUUUCCCGUUUAGCGGCACGUCAGUUGUUAUUGCGUGCGCAGAACGAAAAAGAAAAGUUCGUUAAUGUUAAUAAUAAUAAUAAUAAUAAUAAUAAUAAUAAUAAUAGUAAUGGUGAUAAUAAUAAGAGUAAUGAUAGUGUUGAUGAAGGAAUGGGUGAUGUUAAUGGCGAAGGAGAGAAGAAAGACAUCACUGAGGAGUAUGCACUCACAACAGAAAGAAAAACAUCAUCAUCAUCAUCAUCUGUUACUACUACAAUGGCAGAUGUAGAGGAAUUACACGAGAGUAAAUUAAAUGAGAGAUCCAUCCUCUCUGUUCAUCCACAUGUAAUCACACUCUUAUCUAAAGAUACAUGUGAGGAAAAUACGAGUAAAGUUGAAAGGACAGAUAAGACUUCACUGUUGGCCCUACAAAACUCCUCACUUUCUAACAGUAAUGCCAGUUGUACAAUGAACUCUCCACUCCAUUCUUCUAGUCAUUCCUCUACAUCCUCCAUUGAGCAGAGAAUUCAGUUAAAUCUACAAGAGAAGAUAUCAUUAUCAUCAUCAUCUUUUUCUUCUUCUUCUCAUUCGAUUCCAUUUCACGCUAACAAAUUGCAACAGAAACCCACUUUUUUUUCAGUUUCCGUUUUUAAUGGAAAUCACUCCACACCAUCUUUACUGGGCUCUACAGCAGUCCGUGAAGAAGAAGAAAAAGAAGAGGAAGAAGAAGUGUUGGGGAAUGAUAAAAGAGAUAGGAGGAAGUAUUCCUAUACUAUUGGGGUAACUUCAACUUUUGGACUUGAGAAAGUUCCUUGGAAAGGAGGAAUGACAAUAUUAGAUAUACACAAGAAAGAAAAUUCUUCUUGUAAAGUAUGGUGUAAAGAAGGAAUAUUCCCUGCAAAGACACUUCUUGGUGAAUGUCUUUCUACUUCUUUAUCCUCUGAAUAUGUACGACCUGGGGUAUUGUCGCCUAAUACAUUAUUUUUAAAUAGUUCCUACUCAAAAGGAAUGAAAAGAGUAAAUUAA